UAUAAUAAUGGAAGUGUACAGCAAUAAAGGAACCCCUCAAACCCUAGGAAACGGGCUUGAUUAGAUUCUCUGUUCUUUCUUGUUCAUCAUUUCUGUGAAGUUUCAGUUUUCUUUUCUCUCGUCAUUUUGAUCGGGUGCUUCUUACUGGUUUUCAUGCUGGGUUUUUAGGGAGACAAUCGGAAAUUAACUUAUUUGAAUUGAUUUGGAAAUUUUGCGUUUUGAAUUCGAUCAGAUUUCAGGAAUGGUUGUAAAGAAUAUUCUUUUGGUGGAAAUUAAAUUUAAAUAAAAGCUGAUAAGAGGAAAGCUGAAGGGCUAAUACGCUAGGCGAAUAUUUGGGAUCAUGUCAGUAUCAGGAAACGAAGAGACGGGGGUUAAACCCAGUGUUGGGCAGUUUAGUGAAUAUAGUGCAGGUAUUCCAAUAAAGAAAAGGAGGUUUCCUUUAAUCUGGACAUCUUCUCAGCAGACUGAAGAUUCACCUUCACUACCAACUGAAAAUGAUUCAGAGCAGAAAGGAUUUUCUAGUCCACUUCAGGGUUCAGCUAUUUCAAAUGCUAGUACUGUCACAGCGAGCUCAAACACUGGCAGUGUUUUAGCGAGUUCAAACACCUGCGGUGUUUUAGCUAGUUCAAACAUCAGUGUUGUUGGAGUGAGUUCAAACACUAGUGGCGUAGCAGCAAGGUCAAAUACUAGUGGUGUUGCGGGGAGUUCAGAUGCUAGUGGUGUUGCAACUAGUUUGAAUGUGAAUGCUGGUAGUAUUGCAGCAAGUUCUAAUGCUGUCAGUGUUGCAGCGAGUUCUAAUGCUGUUAGUGUUGCAGCUAGUUCUAAUACUUCUUGUGUUGCAGCAAGUUCUAAUGCUGUUAGUGUUGCAGUGAGUUCUAAUGCUUCUUGUGUUGCAGCGAAUUCUCAUGCUAGUAGUGUUUCAGCAGGCUCUAAUGCUAGUAGCACUGUGGAAACUUCUAAGCCUAAUAGUGUUGCAGCAAGUUUGUCAAAUGCUAGUAGUAUUGCAGCAAGUGUUUCUAGCUUUUCUGAUGCAAGUGAGAAAACUGUACCUGAGAAAGAGAAGAGAAGUUAUGAUGGUACAAAUGGUAGCAUGGUGCAGGGCAAUAAUAACCUCCUUAGGGUAAAACUUGAAGAACAAAGCUUUCCAGUUAACUCUAGGUCUUUGGCUGAUAUUGACAGCAAAGGGAAGCUUGUGGCAACUGGAGAGUCUGACAAUAUCCUGAGAAAGUCAGCAAAAUCUGAGUUGGACUUAGUAGGUGGUGAUUCUCUUACCCUUAAUAUAGGGAAAGAUGUAUAUAGCCAGCAAAAUGUAGAUGGACAGUUUAGAUCAGAAUUACCUACAGUUUCUGGGAACCCUGGAUUGUCAUUAGCUUUAGGGGAACAUCUUGUUUCAGCUAUUGCUGGUGGAAAUAAUGAGCGUGAUUGUCUGAAGCAGGAAAAGGCAGAACCUGUUUCUUUGAAUCUAUCCUUAAGCAAAGGAGAAUGUAGUACUCAACUUAGAAGUAACAAUGUCCAGCCUAAUAGUAUUGGUGCUAAUAUGCUUGCUGACCGAUCAAAUUGGGAUUUGAAUACUACAAUGGAUGCUUGGGAAGGUCCUGCCAGUAAUGAUGGUGCAAGUCAAAAAACAACUCAUAUGGAUGCUAUAAAGCCAGUACUUUGCUCAGGUGGGAUGCCUGGUACCAGUAUGCCCACACAACAGCAAAGGGUAAUCAAAAUUGCAAUGUCAUCCGCACUAUCUAGUCAGCAGUAUAACACAGAGGAUUCACUUCGUUUAGGCCUCACUACCCCUUAUCUUCAUUUGAACUCCAAUGAAAAACCUUCCAGCACAUCAGCUAAAGAGGAUUUGCGCGAAGUCACGGCAAAUAUCAACUUACCUGCAGAAUCAGUGCCUGUCAGCAAUCUGACUGUGUCUAACUUUAAGCCUGUAAAAUCAGAACCACUUGAUGAGAGCAUCAAAACUAAUUCUGCUGCAGUUAAAGCUGAUCCUAAGGGCUUGUUAAAUAUUGUACCGAUGAAGCAUGAAUUAGUUGAUAGGAGCAGUUCAGAAAGCUCAAAAUCUUCAACCUUAAAAUUAGCUGAUGCUCGGUCUGUAAAACCUGAACCAGUUCACGAGGAUAACCAGGAAACAUCAAAGAGAAUGGAGGGAUCAUUGAACCAAUCAGAUGAGCAGAUACUACAUCCUCUGAAUAACACAACAGUACCUACUUCUACUGAUUUGUCAUUACAUGGUGAUGCGUCGAAUCAUGUGGAACAUUUUAUUCAAGCCAAAGAAACUGAGUCUAGUGGGGAGGGCCAGGUUGCUUCUAAAAUGAUUUCUUCUGUGGGUCAUGAUGAUAAUGAAUCAAACAUUUCUGGUAAAAUAGAUAACUCUACUUCUGAAAAUAAGAGUGUUGAAGAUCCUGAUAAUUGCAGACUGAAAUUCAUGGCUGUACAACCAUCUGAAUCACGGGGAACGGUUGAGGGUUCUGUAAGUGAUGAGGAAAAAAUUAAUUUAUCAGGUGAUAUUCUAGAAGAUUCAUAUGGCUCUGGUUAUGAGUCAGAUGGCAAUCGUGAUUUAGCUCCAGCUAUGGAUAUGGAACAUGAUGGUAGAGCAGAAGAUGACUUUGAAGAUGGUGAAGUCAGGGAAACUGUAGAGAAUACUGAGAUAGAGGCUCCAGUAUGUGAGGGACAAGAGGCUGGAAAUGGAAAUAAUGGUGAUACUGGUUAUAAAAACUCAGAUUCUGUAUGGUUUGUUGGUGAUAACAAACCAUCUUCAUCCUCUGUCAGCGGAAAAGAAACUUGUGGAGAAGAUGCUGGUAAAACAAGUAAUGAUAGUACUAAUGAAUGCAUUGACACAUCUGUAAAUAAGGAUUCCAAUACAGAAGCUGAUAAAGAGGCCUGUUUGCAAGAAUCAUCAGCUGUUGAGAUGCCUUCCAGUCCAACUGACAAAAAGAUACCAAAUAAGGCCAUGCCAAGAAAACCACUUGAUUUAUCAGAGAAGAAGGAUGCUGUAGAAGGGCAAGAUCGAGAGCAAACAUCUAUCCAAGCCUCUGAUUCAAGCCAAGGAACUUCAGUGACCAUUGGUCAAGGUGCAGAUAAUGCUCAAAAAACUGAGUCAGAAGGAAAAAGCAAUUCAGUUCUACCUAAGGUAGAAGCAUUUUUAAGUGGUGAUGAUGCAGGUAAGGAUGUCAGCAGUGCAGGUAAUAGGAGUCGGAUUAUAAACUUAUCUCGAGCUUUAAAUCAGUCAUCUCCUGGUAGGACAAGAUCUAUUUCAGGCAGGACAAUGCAGUCACGAGGUGGAAGAGAAAGAUUGCUUGAUGUUGCCCUUGAAGGAGAUAAGUUUCAUCCUCGAGGGAGAGAUGAAGUGUAUGGCGAUGGUUCCCAUAGAUUCUCAAGAGAGAGGCAUCAUGAUCAGCCAUCCAGGAACCCUAGAAUAAGUUUUAUGCGCGGAAGAGGUAGGGUUUCCAGUUGGAUAGACACCCUACGUGGUGGUCGGGAUUCAGAACGUAACUUUGCUUCAGAGUUUUAUAAUGGCCCUACAGAAUUUCGUGUUGUCAGACAUAAAUAUGCAUCUGCUGUUUCUGAUGCAGAUCUUGACUUUAGUAGCUAUAAUAAUGGGCAAGAUGGUGCAUAUUUUGGUCCUGGACAAGGUGGGAGAAAGAUCUUGAGUGAUAAUUCAUCAAUUUUCGCUCAUGUACACCCAAGGAGGCGGUCUCCUGGUGGAAGAGAUGGACCUGCUUCACGGGGGCUUCCAAUGGUUCGCAGAGUUCCAAGAAAUCUAAGUCCAAGUAGAUGCAUUGGUGAAGAUGGCUCUGAAUCAGUUGGAUUGAGGCAUAUGAGAGGUUUUGCUGAUGACCAUACAGACCCAAUGUUUACUCGUUCCCAACCUUCAUUUGAGGGAUUAGAUGGCCCUUUUGUUAGGGGGAACAGGGAUUUUUCAUCUGUUCAGAGAAGGGGUCUUCCUCGAAUUCGUUCAAAGUCUCCGACUAGACCACGAACUCGUUCUCCCGGUCCAUGGCCUUCUCCUAGGAGAAGAUCACCUGAUGAAUUUGGAGGGCCGUUGGAAUUACCUCAUCGAAGAUCACCUAUUUACAGGUUGGAUAGGAUAAGAUCACCUGAUCGUCCUUGUUUUGCUGGGGAAAUGGUUCUUAGAAGGCAUGGAUCUCCUCCAUAUUUGUCCCGACCAUCUAAUGAUUUGAGGGAUAUGGAUCCCGGGCGAGAUCAUGGUCAUCCAAGGUCUGGCAUCCCUAAUAGGAGCCCAUCUGGCCGGAUUUUACUUAGAAACAGUAGACGGUUGGAUCUUGUAGAUCCUCGAGAAAGGAGCGACGGUGAUGAUUACUUUGGUGGGCCCAUGCCAUCUGGCAGGUUUCAUGAGCUUGCUACUGAUGGGAAUGCUGAUGAGAGGAGGAGGUAUGGUGAUAGACGGGGACCUGUUCGUCCUUUUAGGCCUCCUUAUAGUGGUGCUGAUAGUGAGAAUUUUCAUCUUAAUGCUGAGGGUGGACCUAGGUCAUUUAGAUUCUGUCCAGAAGAUGAUCCGGAGUUGCAUGAAAGAGGAACUUUGAGGGAAAGGGAGUUUGAUAGGCGAUUAAAAAACCGACCUGGGAAUGCUCCUAGGAGGACAAGAAACAUUGAGGAGGAGGGAAAUUUUAGGCAUGGUGGUCAGGUUUGGCAUGAUGAUGGAUUUGAUGAUAUGUCACGAGUGAAGAGAAAGCGAUUUUGAGUAGAUUUGUCUGUAUAUGCCAUUAGUCACUGUUAAUGGUGUAAGUUAUUGGAGCAGCAGGGCUGAAUCUGUUGUUUCUAUUUUCUGCCUGAUUAGGGACAUUGUGUUUACCAUUUUUGACUAAUUUCUGCAUAUGCAAUGAUCCCUUGUGUAGUAUGUAAGGUAAGAUAUUGAAGCAGCAGCUAGUAGAGUCAGUUAUGGUAAUUUUUGGUGCAGUAAAUGUAUCUGGUAUUUUGCCUGGAGAACAGCUCAAGAUGCUCUUCUGUUUGGCAGGUUUUCAUGAGAUCAGACAGACUUAAAAUCUUUUUCUGUACCCUAACUUGAUAUUUGCUGGCUAUUCCUUUGGGCAGACCUUCCUUCAGCUGAGAAAAGGUGAGUAUUUGGGUUUUGAAGAAUGGAAGAAAACAAAGGUUAUGAUCAGACUAUCUAUUACUAGAUGAAUAAAUUCACUUUUCUGCAUGCUACCCAGCUGAUCAUCACUUUAAUUGCAAAAUGGCCAUGCCUUCAUGUGGUCCUCAGUCAUAGAUGCUCUGUUUACAAAUGUCAUCUCUGUACAGUGACAUUGUUUUCAAGCUUUUUCGAGAGGACAGUUGGACAUCGCCAUGAAAAUUGAAAAAUCUAAAUUAAAGGAAAUCAAAGAGAGGCAGAGCAGAAAUGCCUGCAUUUUGCUGCCUUUACUGGUGCUUUGACUUUUAUUUCUUCUCAAUUAAAGGAUCAAAGUUUUAUCGGAUUGGAAUUACAGAUCUGACCUGGGUUUUUGACACAAAGCAACAAGGUAUUCUGUGAAUACAAGUUAAUCUGUUGUUCCAGAAGAAGCCAAUUCUGAAAUAUUUAUUAACUUUGCCCUCUUACUGUGAGAUAUGGAUCAGCUUCAUCAAUCAACUGAGAUUUUACAUUCAUAUUCACAUUGUGGUGGCUUCUGCAGUGAAAAUAUUUUCCUUUUUUGCUUUGAAUGAAUGGGUCAUAUGAUUGCUUUCAUCUAUUAUGUGGAUGGGGAUAAGGUCUUGUUCGGUAUGCUGAUGAAUAGAAUAAUUGUUGAAUAUUGCAAUGUA